AUGAAAGCAAUAACUAUCUUUCUCUGGACUUGUAUGUGGACAGAUACAUUGGGAACGAUAAGUGAACGUGAUGAAGAAAUUUAUAUGCUUCUCGAUAAAUAUGGGUAUAUCGAACGAGAAACUAAUGCGAGUCAAAGUGAUUUAAAUGCGGACCAACAAAGCUUAUUGAAUGAAGGUAUAUCUCGGUUUCAAAAAUCAUUUAAUCUUCCAGUGACCGGUAAAAUAGACUUUAGAACCGUAGAUUUACUUGGUAAGCCUAGAUGUGGUAAUGAGGAUUCUUUCGACUUUCUGAAAUCAGAUACUCAAAACCGAAAAUGGAGUUCAUUAAAUAUUAAAUGGGGCAUAUACGGCGACCAUCAUCCAAACGGUCUUACCGCGAUUGUGCAAAAAACGUUUAACGUUUGGUCUAAACACGUAAAUUUACAUUUUAGGAGAGUAAUAUCAGACCCUAACAUUUUGAUCGCUUUUAAAUCGGGGAAACAUGAACUUAUUAGAAAUGAUAAAGCAUCAUGUUUAGGUUGCUUCGAUGGUAUGGGAGGAAUUCUUGGGCAUGCCGAUUAUCCUGACAUUAACAAAAACGCAGUUGAAAUUCAUUUAGAUAAAGAUGAAGAUUGGGAUUUAACUACUACCACAUUGUCAGGCAAAACUAAUCUAUUCCUAGUUCUGGUACAUGAAAUAGGGCACGCAUUAGGAUUAGAUCAUAAUAAUGAGUUUGAUUCUAUCAUGUUUCCCAGUUAUGGAUUCCUUCAUAUUGAAAAUUUUACAUUAAGUCAGAAUGACAUUCAUGCGAUACAGAAAAUUUAUGGGAAUUCAACUUACACACAUAAAGUAUCUACUACUACUACGUCAAAACCUACACCCAAAAUUGAAACCACAACGUUAAAAUCUACGUCUAAAAUUGAAACUACAUCCCAUGAAACUAUAGCUCCCUUCGCCUUAUCUCACAUCUGUGAUAUUGAUGACAAGUUUUCAGGAUUCUUAAUAUAUAAAAAAAUAAUUUAUAUACUUUAUAAACAAUGGGUUUGGUCAAUUGAUUUAAAAUCUAAAAUGCCAGUUCGUUCUACACCUAUAAACAUAAUUGAUUGGUUAAAACCUUUGAGAGGUGUUUUAGAAGCUACGAAUUAUAAUUAUAAGGUUUCUUUUGGUUCUAAUGAUAACCUUAUAGUUAUUAUAAAUCAUUCAAUUUAUAUAAUUGAACUUAGGAGUAUGUCGAUACGUCACAAAUGGGAUUUUGAAGCAACUGGUUUGGGAUUUAACAAUCAUACUAAUAUUACAGGAGUUGUGACAAGUAAUUACGGAUCACCUUUUAUAUUCUUCGAUGGUGUCUAUGCUGUUCAAGUGGAUUAUCAAUAUGUUAAAACACGACAACUUAUAACGUCAGUUGCUGAUGAGUUUCCAGGGAUACCGAGUCAUUUUGAUGGUGUUUAUAAAUCUUCAGAUGGUUUAUUGAAUUUUUUUGUUGAUUUCAAUAUGACGUUCAGAAGUGCGGUUGUAGACGUUCAAGGGUUUUACGUCAACUCUAAAUUCGAAGUUAAGGAAUUUACUCUUCUGGAUAUCACCAACACCGACUACACUAUACAUUUACACCUUAAGCCUAGUAUACCAUUUCAACGAUUAAAUGUUCAAGAUCGGAAGACAGUAAGAUAUUUGGAACGCAACCAUCACAGGUUGUUAUAUAACGAUGGGUGGAUAAAUCAAUCUGACUACGAUCAAAUUUUUGUUACACAUAACCAUAAUAAAUCAAUAAUAACGGAUAUCGCAUUAGAAUUUGCGGAAGAGGAUGAGACUAAAUUAAAUUCAACCUCCAAUCAUUGUUGGUUUCAUAUUGGCUCUCCAGCAGUAUGUUCACAGAACAAUGUUUUAAUUUAA